GUAAAAGACCUGAACCCGCGAAGGUCUCGCUACGUAGUCAAAGCUUUCUUCGGUUUCACUCGUAAAGAAGGUUUAUUAGAGGCCUAAGCUGCAUUGUCAGUCCACUUUUCAUCAAAUUAGUAAAUGGCAAUUGGAAGGUAAGGGUAGAAACUAAAUGAUUGUUUAUUUUGCGAGUGCAAACUCAAUGCAAACGAUCUGUAAACUUUGCUCUUUGCCAUUCGAUAUGGAUCGAUUUUGAUCGAGAUCCUUCGCUUCCAUGUUGGCUUAUUAAUCUGUUUCUACUUUGUUCUAAAAUACGGAAGAACCACUUAUUUCAUUUAUGAAUAACUGCGGCAAAACUUACGAUAGUCGCUUUGUUGUUUGUAGUGACUGUGCGGCAAAAGACCUUCGGCAUUUCAGCUUGGAAGCGUUGGCCGUCGACGAAUCGACCACGAGAAAGAGAAAGGCAAGUAUAGAAUUAUCACCUUCAUACUUUUCUUGCAAGGCAAGAUUAAACGUAUUUUAUCAACUUAUAGAAAGAUUCGACUUCAAGAGGAGCCGUGAGCAAGCGAAGCAGAGCGGGGCAACAAGAAAAGGUAAUACAAUCGACCCCAUUUCCCGCCAUGUCCUAAACACUCCCGCCAUUUUGGAAUGGGCACAUUGUUUGUUGUGAUUGCUUGAUUCACAAAGAAAAUCAAAUUCUUCCAACAUGCAUCGUCUCCUUUAUUUAAUAACAAGCCCUCUUCUUCCUCAUCUGUUGUGGUGACAUCGAAAUUCGAAGGUUUGACGAGAGUUUUCGACGUUCACAUUCCCUCGAUUGUUAUAUAAACACUCGUUCCUAUUUCAGCAGCUUCAAAGCGAAUGCAGCUGAUAUAAUUGAUUCUUCAAAGGGACCUUUGUGAUUUCUUUAGAAGUAUGACAUAAUAUUUCAUUUAAAGUUAUUUCGAGAAUUUUAAAAUGUAUUUUACGUUCAUUUGAUUGCUUAAACUUUGGCGUGGCUCGGAUUUGAUUAGCGCCCCUGAUCAUCAUCACUGAACGGGUGGCUUCUUUGUUUGACUUCCCCAAGCAACAAGUGCCAUGAAUUUGAUGACUGUUUUGAGCUAUUCUUCCAUUUCGUUAUCUCAGAUGAGUAGUAUCGAGUGAAACAAACUCUUUAAUGCUCAAUCGCCUUGCAUGUAGAAAGUAAGUUGUAUUGAAGCAACGUGACAGUAAUUUUAAUACAAAAAAUACAAUUUAAUUAAUCUCUCAAGGAGCUUUCAACAGGUUUCUUAUUAUACCAGAGAUUUUAUCCUAUAUAUUUAGAUAUUUGGUUAAAUAUGAAAAAAUGCUUCAGUCUCUCUUCCCUUAAAGGACCUGUUAAAAUUUAAUACAGAAAACAAAUAAACUAUGACUGGAAUAUAUAUGAAAUAUAAAUUUCUUCAAAAUAAUCCAUUUCACGUUAGGCCUUAAUAAAGAUAUUUUCGGUUAGAUUGCCAGUUUUCUGUUUUUUUUUUUUCACUUCUUGUGGUGGGACAAAAUAUUGAUCAACCAUAAACAUAUUUUUUUCUCGAGUUUUAAAACUAUUUUUUUAUUAAACAUGCCAAUCUUUAAUUAGUCAAUGAACACUGUUAAAAUUGAAAAUUGAGAAUUGGCGAGAUAAACAAGCCUUUUUACAGUGUAUGUGCUGUGUGGUCCUACAAAUCUUGAAAUGCCUCAAAAAUUAUUUUUAUUUCUUAAAGUAGAAGUGAUACAAUUUUGCCAACCAAGCAAUGCGAAGAAUGUUCACAAAUCAGGAAUCAACUUUGGUACAUCAAUAUUGAAAGAUUUUUUAUUCAUAGCAUGGCUUAGACAGUUUCGUUUUUCUUUUCUUAGUGUACUAUAAUGUGUUAUUACUUCAGUAAUAGAUUUGUAAUUUGCUUCCCCUGAAUAACAUACUGUCUUGGAAUAUAAACUGUUUUAAAAAGCUAGCUUAAGUUCUUUUCAUCAGUGGAACUUCUUUGAAGCCCUGGGGACAAAGAAUAAAUUAUAUUGCCCCGGAUGAAUAAUAAUAAUAAUAUUAACAGUCAAACGUCUAAAGGAUGUUCCAUGGUACAGACACAUUUUAUAUUAGGGACAAUAGACCUUAUUCAAGAUACCCACCAUCUUUGUAUGCACUGAAUUUUAUGAUUGAUGGAAUAAAAGUAAUAUCACAUGGUUUCUCAGGGGGUAAACAGAUGAUAAUAUUUGCCAAUACGAGUAAUCACCGUCAAGUUUAUUUGUUUAUUGGCUCAAAGUGAGACAGCAAUUUAAAUCAUGCAAAAUGUACAGUUUGAGUUUCGAAAAGUUAAUUGCUUGCUGUAAGGACAUCUAUGGUCGUAGCUGCAUCCCAAAAAGUAACAUUGAUCAGUUCUACCCACAAUUUGCCAUUAUCAUCUUUAAUGGUAAAAGUUCUUAAUGAAUUAUUUUCUGUUGUUUAGAAUAAGUAAACUUAACUGUGCUUUCUUGAAUUAGCAGAGUUUAUCAGUUUGUUUGCUCCCUGAGAAACAAUGGUAUCAUGAAUAAGGUCUAUUCUCAUUGUCCAAAAGACAUCAAGGGUGGUUUGCAUCAUCCAGGACAUUGACAAGCAUCACUAUGACCAUGGUUACAUGGAACAUUGUUUCACGAAUAGGAAUGAUGUCACUGCUAUACAUGUAGAUAUAAUCCAUUCUUAGGUUAAACCAGUUUUAGAGUGAAGAUAAUUUCAGAGUCCUCAUUAAAAGCUGGCAACUAGCUAAAAAACCGGCUCCUCUGAGGUCUGAGCCAUCUACUUUACGGGGUAAAGUGAUGAAGUGAAAGCCUCAUAUUGCCUACAGCACUUGAUUACCAAGCCGCCUCCUUUUAUAUCCUAUCUGUUUACUUUAAACCUUAAUGAAAACCCAGGUUAGAACCCCAGCAAAAGCUAACCUGAAAAGGUUAAACACCGGAUUAACCUGAGAACAGAUUUUAACUGUAACAUGACUUCUUUUUAACAAUUUUCUUCUGACACCAAAGUGUGUAUUGUUGUUUUUACUUGAGUUUUUGAAGAUUUUGGGAAAAUGGAAAGUAUGCCAACUACACACAUUUGAAAGAGUGAAACUGAAGUGUCUUGUCUGUAUAAGUUUUCUGAUUGCAAUAAAUUAUAUCAACUUUCUGGUUAUUUCUUGUGAAGUAAAGUUCACAAAUACACCUGUAUGUUUCAUUUUCUACCCAAAUUUGUUUGUUAAUCAAAUAAAAGAAAAUAAACAUUAUACGCUUACAUAUAUGUAGCUCUGAAAACCUUUUGUGUGCUCUACACUUAUCUGUUAUUUUAGAAAGCACUUUACAAAUGAAGACAAAUAAACAAUUAAAAUAUCAAAUAAUAAUUAAAUGCUUUUAACAGUAAUUCAUUUCUUAAUUGUUGUCAAGAAGUUUUCCUGGAGAUACAGGCUGUAGUCAUGUUCAAAAUGAAUGUAUGACAAGUUGAUAUCCUUGUACUGCAUGUACGUGAUACUUAAACACCUCUGGGUCACUUAUUCCAAAAAACGAUACAUAUGAAUAUUUGCAUUGGCCAGGCAUCAAUCUCUAUAAACCAAUUAAUGGUAACAUGUAAUAUGUUAUUAUAAAGGUAGUGUUUUAUUCUCUAACAAGACGUAUGUGUUGUUGUCUACAGAUAAUAAUAAUCAGCUUUUUUCUUCCCUUUGGUCGAACUUUAACACUUUAUUGACAUUGAAGUAAUCCUUGUGCAUUUUUUGGAUCAUGUAAUUCUUUGUUGGCACAGUGACAAUGUUUAAAUUAUCUUUUUUGGUAAAACCUGUAGCAGCAGUGAAACAGGUAGUAGGUCAUGGAAUCCUAAGUAAAUGUGCAUCCAAGUGAAUUCAGGUCAAAAUAUGGGUUGCACAACAUUUAAAGAGAGAGAUGAUGCGCUGUAAAAAUGUUAUUAAAUUUUUUUUGAAAUAGAUAGUGAUGAAGAGAAAUAGAUUUCUAGGCAAACUAAACCCUCACAGCUUGCAGGAAAAGGGAAAUUUAACAUUGUAUAAUGACUGAAUUUUUUUGGUAGAUUAGAGUAAAGUGGGUGGGAAAACUCCAGCUAAAUAAACUAGAUUCUUUUGUCUCAGGAACAAUGAGAUAUGUAGUUACGGUCUAGGUAGCUUUUAAAGAUUUGCAUUAAAUUGCCAACUGUAGCUCUUUUCUGCAAACAGAAACUAUACUUGGUUAUGUUUUUUAAGUCUGCAUGCUGUGUUCAUUGUUGAUUGCAACAUUAUUUUGUAUAUAAGCCACACUGCAGUACAUUCACACUUGUAAACUUAUUGGCCUGCUUGUGUGUGAUGUAAAUUUGCAGUGUACAAGACAAAAGCCAUUAUAAUUAUGUUGAGAUAAAAUAAGGUUAUGAAAUGAAAACAUUCUAUUAUAAAGUUAUUGUUUAUUUUUUAUAGAGAACUCACAUGUCAAUGCAAGCUCCUUGUAGUGCAGAGGGAAGUAUUGGAGGCCUUUCGAGGGUAGAAACAAGGAGUCAGCGACAGUUAAAGGCUUUAAAAGAGCACACUGCAAGCAACGAGAUACCAGAGAGAACAAAAUCUGCUAAUUUUACAUUCACCAAUUUUUUUCUUCCCGUUGUUAAAAAUGUUAUUCCUCUCCCUGAACUUGACUGGGCUGAUCCAAAAGAGGUGUGGUCAAUAAUGUUACACAAGGAUCGCAAAUACUGCCGUGAUCCAUUGUAUUUUAGAAGACAUUCAUUUCUCCAGCCAAGAAUGCGGGCAAUUCUACUGGACUGGCUAACAGAGGUGAGUUUGAUUCUUGGAAUCAUGCAUCUUUAAGUUACAUGAACCAUGGUUGGUCACCUCAAUUCAUAAAACUGUAUGUUCAUUACACUGUUUUGCGAAAGUCCAAGUAAUAACACUACAUUUUCUGUUUUCAAUUUCAUUCCUGCAUUGUACAUGUUUGUACAAAACAUUUACACUGUAAGGCUGUUCUCACACUAUGCAGGAUAGCUUUUGCGUGGGCAUGAAAACCAUACCUUAUACAUGUAGGACUUCUUUUCUCACAUAAGAAUGUUGAUUUUAGCAUGAUUUCUGUAGCAAAGCAAAGCUGCCCUGCUCUGAUCUCUUCAGUGGAGAGUCUUAUAUCGGAUAGGUGUUCAUAUAAUUAUGUACUACAUUUGUAUAGCUUCUCGUGUGGGCAUGCAAAGUUAUCCAGUUUAGUUUGAACAUAGCUUCAAAUACCCAGCCACUUUUACUGUGAUAAUUGCAGCUUUUUUGUAAAUAAUAACUUUCAGUGCCUUUUGUGAUAUAACCUGGGUAUUCUGUUGUUGCUGUAGCCCCCACCCUCAAUUCCACCCUUUCUGUCUUGCUUCCAAGAAGUGAGCGCAUACUUAUCAACUGUAUGUUCCUGUCAUUAAAAUUGACAACUCCUGUGUACAAAAGAGGCCAUAUUGCUGACAUUGUCUUACUGACAACUUUCAUGUGUCAAUUUUCUAGGUGUGUGAAGUCUACAAGCUUCAUAGGGAGACGUAUUAUUUAGCACUGGAUUUUAUUGAUAGAUAUCUGUCUAUUAAGCAUGAUAUUGCAAAACAAAGAUUGCAGCUUGUAGGAACAACAGCAUUGUUUAUUGCAGCUAAAAUUGAGGUAAGACUCGAUGCUUGUUUGAAGUGCUCCUCUCGCCCUCACUCAGACAUGAUUACCCAAGAAAAAGAUCUCUGAAGAAAUUAUCUGCUUGUGUUACUGAGUUAAUAACGGCCUGUUCCAAAUGUUUUUGUUGUGCGAAAUUUAAUGCUAAUGAGGAAAAUCUUAGUAUUGCUCUUUCUUGCAUUAGAUUUGGUGCAUACGUAGUCCGACAUUUGAAGUGGGUCUAAGUGAAUCCGCCCUGGUAAAGAUAGUGCUAGUUUGAUUGUCUAAAUACAUGUAGCACAAUAAUCAAACCUCUCAGGUACAUCAGCCAUUCCAUCUAGGUUCACAAGGCCAGUCUGAGCUUACCCCAUUUCCAGGAUGGUAUGCAGUCUUAUGUCAAGGUUACCGCACCCAUCAUUAUGUCUCCAGUGCCCAUUUACACAGGGUGGAGCUAUCUGAUUUUCCUGACAAAUGGCUCUGUCCCUUUAGUGUUGUUUUAAUUACAUGUACAGUGAUUCUAACACCACAUUAAUUUUGGAAACACCAUACCUGUACCGACCUAUUGUGAGAUAUGCUAGGAUUUGCACCCCCCAAAUUUAAAUUCAAUUUAAUGGAGCAGAUGCCAAUAAUAAUUAUUAAUGGUUUCAGCUCCUGUAAAUCUGAUUACACACAUUCUAGGCAUUCUAUAGAUAUUUCAAGCAACAACAAUUUGUUGUCAUGUCCUCUUUGAAUUUAGGUCCCUAAAGUCUUGAUCAUGAUAUUGAAAAAUUACCAGUACAAUUGAAGGCUGAAUCUGUGAAUGUUAUGGGUUCCAAUGUUUGUACUAUUUUUUUCUUUCAGGAAAUUUACCCUCCAAAACUAAGUGAAUUUGCAUAUGUGACAGAUGGCGCUUGUACAGAAAAUGAAAUCUUAGAUGAAGAACUUCUUAUGUUAAAGGUGAGCCAUCAAUCUUUGUGUUUGUGAUUACACGUACUUUUUGAUCUAUGAAUUGACUGUGUUCUCUUUUCCUUUUUCUCUCACAGGCUUUAAAUUGGAAUCUAUCACCUAUAACAAUCAACUCUUGGUUAAAUAUUUAUUUACAGCUCUCUUGCUUAGCAAGUAAAAAUGGCAAAACACCUAACUUUCACUUGCCCAAAUAUCCACAGCAACAAUUUAUCCAAGUUACACAGGUAUGUAAUGUGAUUUUUUACGAGAUGUUCAAAGCAUGUCUUAUUUACUAGUACCAAGUGUAAGGUCAAGAUGGCUGGAUAUCGAGACCAAUGUCCAGCAAUCUUGACCAAACAAUCUUGCCCAGUAAAGGAUUUUUGUAUGUGGCCACUUUGUCUUGGCCACGUGCAUAUCUAAUCAUCAAAAUAAGCAUAUAUUAGAUAACAACUCCAAGUCAAGUGUAGUAGCAGACUGGCAAAUAUUGAAAAGAAAAUGAGGGCAAGACGUUGUUGGAAGAAGAGAGCAAAAUUGUAUAGAUGGUUUUCACAGUGAUAUCAUCAAAUUGUAAAGCGGUCAAAAUAGCAAGGUUUUAUGAAUUCUUAUUUACACUAGGUUGAAGAUAAACAAAAAGUAAGUCUUUGUACAAGUUUCCAUUCCGGUAACAUGUUUCAUUUUGAAAAUACAGCAAUUUGAACUUCCCAGUUUUCACAGUGUGUAGGAAUGCUGUCUUGUUGAAAAAAAGUCUCUCCUCUUGAUUUUCAGCAAUAUAACCAUUUCAGGUAUUAGAAGAUAUGUUUUUGUGCAUGUAUGCUAGUUCUUGAGUGAAAAGAGGGAGCUUUUAAAGAAAAAGUGAACUCCAGAUGUUUUUGUUGAUUUCCGGCAGCCAUAUUGGUGCACCAAAAUGGCACACCAAUAUGGCAUCUCCAUACAAAGCUCUACAAAGGUGCAUAAAAUGUUUCAGCUAAUAACUGAGAAAAUGUUGGCCACAAAGACCUAAGACUUGGACAAAUUGUUUAUAUAUUAGUCUUUUAUAACAUUUCAUUUUCUUGGCUUCCUCCACUGGACAGUGAAAAUGAUCUACAUCAGUCAUGUAUACACUAGUCAACAAGCUUUUAGCCAGGAAUUGCUAAGUGGCUGUACCACCUUACAUCAUCUACCUGGUUUAAAAAUACCUUGCUCUAAAAUAUUUGAUUAACUGUUAGCGCACUUCUGUUUUCCACAGCUUUUAGAUUUGUGUGUACUGGACACAGGUUCUCUUCAGUUCUCAUAUAGCAUUCUAGCAGCAUCUGCUCUGUACCACAUGCUUCCUGUUAAUAUUGAACAGGUCACAGGUAAGAAAUCUGAAUAACUAAUGAAAUAAUAUUUAUUUUUUUUAAUAACUAAAUAGUUGUGUGAAGAACAUUUGCCUUUGUGCCCAUCAUUGUCAUAAGAAAAAAGACAUUUCAUUGACAUAAUAGAUAUUUGAUUUUUGAUUAAAAUUUUGUAAUAUUAUGCAGAUUUGUUCCUAAUGCAAUUCAGGUGUAUCACAUGGUUACAAAAGGCUCUGAGGUGGUUACCUAAGCAUUUGAUGACCUUUAGUUACCCCUGUGAACAUUAGAACUGUAUGUGUUGUGCAAGAAACAAUCGUCCAUUAUACCUAGUUGCAUAAUGCAUACCAGCAACUUUGAGACAGUACUCCAUUGUAUUAGCAUAGAUCACAGAAAAGUUUUUUUCCACCUAAGUGAUAUGGACAUUUCACCUUAUGGUCAUUUUUUUCCUUUCUGUUAUUAUGUUGAAGACGAGUUUCAUAAAUCUUUUCCACAGGUCAUAGCUGGGAAGAGCUAUACCCAUGUAUACAGUGGAUGAAAUCUUUUGCGGAUGUCACCAUUGAGAAAGGAACACUUACACUAAAAGCUUUUGAACAUGUUUCACGUGAAGAUGCUCACAAUGUCCAAACUCAUGCUGUUGAUUUAGCUUUACUGGUCAGUAAAUUAGUAGUGUAAUGCUUUUCUUCUUGCUAUCUCUGCUCCUGAUCAUUGCAUGUCCCUAAGAUUUUGGAUUCUAUAAGCAGUGUCACAAAUUUGGAAAAAAUGAAAGAAGAAAAAUAACCUUGUAUGGUGUAUUACACACCUGUUGUACACAUGCACCAUAAAAUAAUGUACAUACAGCCAUGUUUACAUGUUUCCAAUGUCACUCUGGUGUGCAAACCAUUUAAAGCAAUUUCCACUUUAUUGCUUCAUGCUUAUUGUAUUGAUAUUCUUGCCAGAACUAGAUUCAAAACCAGUUUUAUUGUGUCUUGUUUGUGUUGAUUUUCUCCCACCUUUUCUCAAGUGAAAUGUAUUUACUUCGAAACCUAAUAAUUUAAUUUGAAUUUCUGCACAUAAUAAAAUUAUUGUAGUUAUAAGAGUAAUAACUUGUCUAAGAUCAUGUUUACACUAUACCAGAUAGUAUGAACACCUAUCCGAUAUCUGAAUCUCCACUUCACAGAUGAGGGGCAGGACAGAGAAACUGCUCCAAAAUCACUAUUAAUAUGUGUGAACAGUAGCCCUAUCCACUAUGAUUAUUUUGCAUGCUGGCACAAAAGCUAUCCAAGUUUGAACAUGGCCCUUAGUUAGAUUCACAAGAUUUGUCUGUGUUAACUGUACAAUUUUUCGUGUUUUCAGGAUAAAGCUCAAGAACUUCAAAACAGCAGAUGUUCAUUUUCAUCAGAAAAUAGAUCAGUGUCACCCAUUGUGCAAUCUUUCAACCCACCAACUCCGCCGAGCAGUGCAAAAAAACCAGCAGCAAAUACUGUGAUAGUCAUAGAUUGAAAACGGUUUAGUGAAAGAAAUUACAGUCUUAAUCUUAGCUUGGGGUACAAGUGUAUACACAAAAUUUUCUGACAUCCUGAUUCUUUCACUUGUCCUACACAUGUCAUAAAUACAGAAUGUUUUCUAAGAAAGCUUGUUUUCCUACAACUUAUGAGCUUGUUACAAGUAGUAAAGUGGAUGUCAAUUCCCCACUUAAGACUCCUGGGAUUAUUACUGCAGAUGUGCGACUCAGCUGUUGGCUUUCCCGCUCUGUCCCCAGUAACAGCUUCAAAAAAGGGGCAAAUCAACAGAGAAUCCAUCUUUUGUUGUACCACCAAAUAUAGAGAUUUCAUAUAGCAAUUUUUGAUUAGGAACAUCUUUGAGUGGAGUUCAGCAAGACAAGUUAUUUCUAAAUUAACUUUUUUGUUAGGUUAAUUUUACUUGAACCAUGAAACAGAUGCUAACAAAUAAUGCAAAAAAGCAAGAGGUAAACAAAAGAAUACAAAAGAAUUAGUGCGUAGUAUUGUACUACCUAUUUCACGGUUCAAGUAAAAUCACUAAAGAAGCUAACUGCUUAAAAUGGGUCUACAAUUAGAUAUAGAAACCUGGUGCAGCAAAACAAGAUACAUUAUUUCCAAUGGGAUGACGUGUUUAAUGGUUACUUGUGACAAUGCACAGUAUGGUCUUCAAAGAAAAAAAAGAGGAAAAUAAAUGGGAAAUUUGGCAUUUUCACUUUUCAUCCUAAACUGAGAGGCGCUAAAUUAUAACAUUUUGUGGACAAUAUUGGUCAACUUGAAACUGCAAGUAAAACAGUUUGUUCAAGAAAUGACUGAUCAGAGUGUUUUUGAUAAACCUUUUUGGCAUUUUUGGAAAUUUUAAUGAACGUGCUGGACACAACUCUGACUUCCAGAAAUGAGAAGGUAAUUAUGCUUUUCAUUUUUUAAAUAAUUAUCUAUUUGUAGUAUUUUAAUUCACGUGUUAUAGAUACGCAUACAUAUUAAACGAUUUGUGCAAGAAUUUAUUGUAUAAGAAGUAAAUUGUUUGGUAUUAAACUUCUGAAAACUUUGCAUUUCCUUUGUCAAGAGGCUUAAAGUAGGGUAAAGAUUACCUCAACAACAUUGCAAUAUUAUUAUUCAUAGUCAUUUUGUAUCAAGUCAUCAUGGUCUGUACAUAGCCUGCUAAGAGCAAGGAGUGUAAAGGCUUACAACUUGUAAUUAUGUAGUUUAGGCUACUGAAUUUUUUUAAAGAGAAUUAUUUCUUGUAAAGUAUUUUAAGGAAAAACAUGAAAAUUUGUACAUUUUCUACACAUACAUGUUAGAUUCCAGUUUGUAUGAAG